AGCGAAUGCUUUGUAAUUCAGUAGUCGAUCGGAUAUCCAAUAACGAACAGCUUCGUAUGUUCCGUCGUGUCGUAUCGUAUGUUCUUUCUUACAAAAUAUUCUCAGUUACGAAAUUCUAUUGAAUAUUAGAAUAGACUAUGUGUUGAUAUAGUAUCGUGUAAGAUAAAAGAUAUCGUUAUCAUCAUAUUACUAUUUAUUGUCGUUAUCUCUCUAUUUAUUAGUAUAUCCAUAAUACUAUUCUAUUAAAAUGAUAUUUACGUUUGUCUUCCGAACGUCCAGGAAAUUAUUAGAGCUACAUGAAAGAAAAAAACAUAUUAGAAAUCUGCAUUUUAAAUUUUAUCCAAAUACAAGUUCGCUUGUAUCAGAGCGUAAGACCGAAAAAUUGAAUAUGUAUCAAGCAAUAAAUCAAGCUUUGGACAUUACUUUGAAAAAGGACACAUCCGCAGUAAUAUUCGGUGAGGACGUUGCAUUCGGUGGUGUAUUUCGUUGCACCGUAGGACUUCAAAAACGUUAUGGUUCCGAUCGAGUAUUCAACACCCCAUUAUCCGAACAAGGUAUCGCAGGUUUUGGUAUAGGUUUGGCGAACUGCGGUACAACCGCUAUUGCAGAAAUUCAAUUUGCUGAUUAUAUAUUUCCUGCAUUUGAUCAGUUAGUUAAUGAAGCAGCAAAAUGCAGGUACAGAAGCGGCGGAAUGUUCGACUGCGGAAAAUUAACGAUUCGUACACCUUGCGGUGCGGUAGGACACGGAGGACAUUAUCAUUCUCAAAGUCCAGAAGCUUACUUCGCUCACACGCCUGGAUUAAAGAUCGUAAUACCACGAGGACCCGUACAAGCGAAAGGACUUUUAUUGAGUUCCAUCGAGGAACCAGAUCCUUGUAUAAUCUUCGAACCAAAGAUCCUUUAUCGUACAGCUGUUGACGAGGUACCAGUUGGACAUUAUAAAAUUGAAAUUGGUAAAGGAGAAAUAGUAAAAGAAGGAAAAGAUGUGACUCUUAUAGGAUGGGGUACGCAGGUGCAUGUACUAUUAGAAACAGCCGAUAUCGUCGAAGAAAAGCUCGGUGCAUCUUGCGAGGUGAUAGACCUUCUUUCCAUUAUACCUUGGGAUGCAGAACUAGUUUGCAAGUCCGUGAGGAAGACCGGACGUGUCAUCGUUGCGCACGAAGCACCAAAGACCAAUGGUUUUGGGGCGGAAAUAGCGGCUCGUAUUCAGGAGGAAUGUUUCUUAAACUUGGAGGCACCGAUUAUGAGGAUCACCGGUUGGGACACACCAUUUCCAUACAUUUACGAGGAUUUAUAUUUACCGGACAAAUGGCGUUGUUUCGCCGCAGUUAAAAAGAGCCUUGACUAUUGAAAGAUCGCCUCCGUCUAUGAAUGUGGAUGAAAGGCUGGAAUAAAUGAGGGAGAAAGGGAGUUUAGAACUCUCUGGGUACCACCCAUCGAAGUGAUACAUGUGUCUUUCAAACUCGAAAUGAAUUCCGUGACAUCGAUUUUUCGUAUUUGCGGCAUAUGUGCCUAUACUUACAUUGCCACAGUUACAUCGGCUUGUCACGUGCUCUUAGACCGGUCCCGCGACAAUUUGAUCGUAUCAUGCUAGUUCUCUCUCUAUCUAUCUAUCUCACUAUUUCUAUUUCUAUAUUUAUCUUUAUCUCUUUUUCUAUCUAGUGUUUGCACCCUUUCUGAUCGUAUCAAAGAACGUGAUCUCUUUCUCCUUUGACAUGGAUAACAAUCGCUUAGAUUUUAAACGGAUCCCUCGACGGAUCCAUUUUUUUUCUUUUUCUUUUCAAUCGUAACAAUGUCGUCGUCGUCGAUAUAUUAAUAUAUAUUAAUAUUAAAAGAUAUAACAAUAUUAAGAUAUAUUAAUAUAUAUCGUUACACCCAAUUGGUCGAGAACGUUUAUUUAAUAACGAGUAAAACUUUUAUAGACUUGUAAAAGAAUUCCCGCAAAUUGGUAUGUAUAAGACGCCGUCGCCGUCGCCGUCGCCGUCGCCGUUGCCAUUGCCGUUGCCGUUGCCGUUGCCGUCCCUUCCACCCUCCUCUCCCCGAGGGCAGGCAAUUGGAUCGGCAGGUAUUUGGAUAUCUCUAAACGCGGAUCGUACGAUUACGUACGAGAGAAAAAAAAACUAUACUCAGUUCGGCAGGCAUUAAUUGUUAUCGAUAGGUUUUUGCUUAAAAGAGUUAUAUGUAUAUCCCUGGCCCAGUUUAGUCUCGACCAAACCCACAUAAAUCCUUUCGCGUUUAAUUUAAUGAGACGAAGAAAGACGAUACGCCGGGCGUCGAUGGCGACGGUGAUGUUAACGAGAGAUCAAGAAAGGGGUUUCGGAGGAAGGGGGAUUAAGAAGAGAAGGAGGGAGACGGAAAGAGAGAUCAAGGGGGAGCGCCACGACGAACCGAUAUAUUCAUAAUUAGAAUGGUGUAUAUCCAUACGAUAUAUGGGAUAAAUCGGGUCAAGUCCGUCUUUCGUCCGCGGUAAAACGAAGCGCACCGAUCUUAGCGACCGUCGUAACGCAAUAUUUUAAUCAAGGCUUCGCUCUCUUGGUCGCUGCCGCCGCCGCCGCAUUCGAAAGCCGAUCGAUCGAUCGAUCGUCUCUUAUCUAAAAAAAAAAAAAAAAAAAAAAAAAAGAAAAAAGAAAACUAUUGUUACAGUUAUUUCGAUUUUUUCUAAAUGUCAUUUUUGAUACGAUUGAACGGUUCAAACGCGAAUUAGAUCGAGACAAGUAAUGAUUCCCCAUGAUUUGAGAACCGAAGAAUCAACAUCCUUCUUGAAAUUUUCUCAUACGCAUUUGCAAUUUGUUUAAUUAUUAAUCGUUACGGAAGAAAGAGGGUAAUAGCAUUGAGAAUAUUCGAAAUUGUGAAGGAAGUCCGUAACGUGGCUUGUUCGUGUAACGUAUUUUGUAAUUUGAAAGGGAAACCACAUUCUUUCACCGCGUAUUAUGAUACGUGAAAGUUAGCAACGCAGCGCCUACGGUGUGAUGCAGUAGGUACAUUGAAGAGAGACGAAGAGAAUGGCUAGACAGAGAGAGAGAGAGAGAGAGAGAGAGAGAAAGAGUAAGAGAGAGAGAGUAAGAAAGAAAAAGAGAGAAAGAAAGAGAGAGAGGUGAUCGUUGCUGUGAGACAUGGACUAUAUCGAAGGUCGACCUGUUGCCUUUUUAUUUUGUUGAUUUUUGCAGGAAUAGAGCAACUGUCCUCUCUCUCUCUCUCUCUUUCUCUCUUAUUCUUUUAUAGAUCAGUUAACAUAUGGUACAGACACAUAUGCGGACGUUAAUAUUCGUCCAGUUUUGGUUAGCACGAAAUUGUUCAGUCACCUGAACGGAUCACCCUUGAGAAGCUUCGUUCCUCCUAUCGUGUUUGUUUCCUCGUUUCAUUCGAAAGAUUCGAAAGGGAUCCACCGAUCUGGAACGAUCGCGCAACCGAUUUCGACGAAUCUCUUGGAUGGAUCUCUUCCAAACAAAGAGAAAGAGAAAGAGAAAGAGAAAGAGAGAGACAGAGAGAGAGAGAGAGAGAGAGAAAGAAGGAGAGAGAAAGGUAGAGAAAGAGUAAAAAUCGUAUGAACAAACCUGAUACCUUUGGAUUCAGACAAAGAAUAGAGAAAGGGAUAGAGAAAUUGAAGAGGAAUAAAGUAAACAAAGAACGUAAAAUAAAAGCAGAUUUAAUUAAAAAAAAAAGAAAAAAAGA